AUGUCUUCAAUUUCAUACACUUCAACCAAUAAACUUAGUAGAGAAGAUUAUCGCAGACAAAAAGAUCUUGAGGCGGCGCGAAAGGCUGGUACCGCGCCUGCAGAACAAGAUGAGGAAGGAAAAGACAUUAACCCUCAUAUACCGCAAUACAUUGCUAAAGCACCAUGGUAUAUUGAUACUGGAAGACCUACCUUAAAACAUCAGAGAGUUCAAAGUAAAGAAGCUGAAGAGAAACCAGAGGAAAAGUGGUACUCUCGUGGUCUUCGAGCUGGACCAGCAGCUACAAAAUAUCGUAAAGGUGCUUGUGAAAAUUGUGGUGCUAUGUCUCACAAAACAAAAGAUUGCAUGGAUCGGCCAAGAAAAACAAAAGCGAGAUGGACAGGUCAGGACAUAAAGCCCGAUGAAAUAAUUGAAGAGUUAGAAUUAGACUAUGAUUCUAAACGCGAUCGGUGGAAUGGUUAUGAUCCAGCAGAGCACGCAAAAAUAUAUGAAGAAUAUGAAAAAAUUGAAGAAGCUCGUCGCAAACUGAAAGCGAGUGAACUCGAUAAACAAAGCACUAUCGAGCUAGUAAAGAAGACUGGUGAACGUGUCAAUGGUGAUAUUUCUACCGAUGAUGAAGAAGAGGAUGAAGAUAAAUAUGCAGAAACCUCAGAUAUGCCAGGCCAAAAAACGCGUUCUAUGCGCGAUAAUCCUAACUUGGGAAAAGAUGAAGAAGACGCUGUCUAUGCUGGUGAUAAUUUCGUGCGAUACACUGGAGAUGCUCCAAAAAUGGCAAACUUGCAAUUGUUUGCUUGGCAGGCAUAUGAAAAGGGGAACGAUGUUCACUUACAAGCAAAUCCGACCCAAGGCGAAUUAUUACAUAGAGAAUAUCUUCAGAAAAAAGAGAAACUUAAGGAUACAAGUAAAGAUUCGAUUCUAGCAACAUAUGGCGGUGAAGAACAUUUGAAUGCACCACCCAAAGAACUCUUAUUAGCUCAAACUGAGAGUUAUGUGGAAUAUUCGAGAACUGGAAGAAUCAUUAAAGGACAAGAAAGGGCAAAGGCUAAGUCUAAAUAUGAAGAAGAUGUUGGAUGUGGAUGUUAUAGUUGCUCACCCAUCAUUUACAAGGGAUUGAAGCGGGUGUUUUGUUUUGAACUUGACACCUUAAAGUAUAACCAUUAUGAUCUUAACGCCAAUACCUUGAACGUAGUUUUCAAUAUAUUUAUAAAUAAUCAUAGUACAAUAUGGGGUUCAUUUUGGGCUGAUGGUCGUUGGGGAUAUAAAUGCUGUCGAUCUUUUAUGAAGAAUUCAUAUUGCACAGGAUUGAUAGGAAUCGAAGCUGCCAUUGCUGCCAAAUUUGGUGCUCAUAGGUAUGAAUCGAAUAGCCAGACAAUAUCCAGCUCAUCCACCUCCGAAAAAACUGAACAAACAAAAACAUUAAUGGAAAUCCAUGCCGAACAACUCAAAAAAUCUGCCAGCAAUAGCAAAGAAGGAAUUGAAGAAAAAGACGUCAAUAUUCAUCUGAAACGCAAAGGAUUGGGUGAAGGUGAUAUCCAGUUAGACAGAAAGAAAUUGAAAAAGGCGUUAGAUAAUGAACAACGAAGGCUUAAUCUGCAAGUGGAUGCCGAAGAAUUGGAUGAUAGAAAGCGACCAUACAAUAGUGCCUAUAACAAUAAAUUGGAUAUUCGAUCUGCCAAAGAAUCUGAAGUUACUGAGGAAGAGUUGGAAGCUUAUCGUCUCAAGAAAAUAUCGCAUGAGGAUCCUAUGGCCAAUUAUGUCGAUGAUAACGACAAUUAA